GAGGGAUCCGUGUCGGUAAAAUGAGACCACAGUCGGCAAUGAAAUUACACAUGCUGCUCGCUGUCUCCUUCAGCUGGGCACUCCGCGAGGCACCCCUGCCACCCAAGUACCAGCACCGUGACCCCGUGACCUCCGAGGUGCGACUGUGUGACCAGUGCCCCCCAGGCACGGCCGUACUGCGGCACUGUGAUGCCUCCUUGCCCACUGUGUGCACGCCAUGCCCCGAGCGGCAGUUCGCCGAGCACUGGCACUGGGGCGAGUCGUGCCAGCACUGCACUGCCGUCUGCAAGGAGCGGCAGCUAGUGCGGCACGAAUGCAACGGCACGCAGGACCGCCUCUGCGAGUGCGUCCAGGGACACUACCUGGUCGUGGAGUUCUGCGUGCGGCACACUGCCUGCCCCCCGGGCUCCGGCGUGGCCACGCUGGGCACGCCGGUGAGCGACACGCUGUGCGAGAAAUGUCCCGAGGGCUACUUCUCCAGUGUGGAAUCCACUAUGGAGCCCUGUGUGCCUCACAGGGACUGCGCAGAGCAGGGCCUGAGGACCCUCCACCCUGGGACGGCCACGCAAGACGCUGUGUGUGAAGCUGAGGUGGGCUCCGCCACUGACUGCCUCCAGCAGCAGCUGCAGUGUGAUACAGAUGUGACACUGUGUGAGGAGGCCAUCUUCCACUUCCUGCUGUCGCAGAGGCUGUCCUCGCUGCAGCUGGACCGGCUGGUGGAGAACCUGCCUGGCAGGAAGCUGGACAGGAAGAGCGUGGAGCGCAUCAAAAAGGCCUGCGGUCCCCACCAGCGCACACUGCAGCUGCUCAAGCUGUGGAGGGAGCAGAACAAGGACCAGGACAAGCUCGCUGGCAUCAUCCGAGGUGUGACCCACUGUGAGAGGAAGGUGUCCCGCUGUGCCAGCCUGAAGAACCUGACCCUGAGCGACCUGGUGGCCAUGAUGGAGAGCCUGCCGGGGGCCAAGGUGAGGGAGGAGGACGUACGGCAGGUGGUGAGCUCCUGCCCAUCACAGCGGCACGUCCUGCAGCUGCUGCACCUGUGGAAGGCACGCAAUGGGGAGCAGGACCUCGCCAAGGGACUGGCGCAGGGGCUGCGCGGGCUGCGUGGCCGGGACGUCUCACGCCAGCUGCUGCGGAGCAUCCGGCGCAUUGGCCGCAUCUUUAGCUCCUCCUCCAUACACAAGAUGCACGAGAAGAUGUUCCUGCAUGUCAUCCGGGAUGGCAAGUGCUUCAAGUCCAAGUCCUACAACGACUAGCCCCCUGGAGGCAAUGUGUCCUCCUCCUGCCACCCCCCCACUUCCCCAGUCACGGUCAUGCUUUACAAACCUCUGGAGGCCUUCGCUGGCAUGGCGCGGCACUGUAGAUCGCUCAUAAGCCAAUGCGGUGCCUUAUGAAGGAUGACAAAAUCCAGGUCAUGCAAAAUGCUGUGCAAAAUUAUGAAAUGCGGCACGCCAUGUCGCUUUGCUCAAGGAGGUCAGACCCACCCCAACCUAUACGUAUGCUUACAAGCCGUUUAUAACGCCACUACAGUGAAGUUCUGCUGUGGUAGUGAAGGUGAUACACAUGCUUUGAAGGCUUUGGGAGUGCCUGCUUUGUGUAAGCGUGACCAGUUUUUUUUUUUAACACAACAUAAACUUAUUUAAAAGUUGUAUAUAGUCUGCAAUCAUGGACGAAACCUGAACUGAACUGAAGAGCA